AUGGUGCCGCAGCGCUUGCUGCCCUGGAGUACUUGCCGGACGAUCUUCGAGUCUGCGGAGGCUGCGCUCUGGGGUUUGAAGUCAAUAAAAAGAAGCUGCCACAAUUUUUGUACUGCUAUUUGUCAAGAUGUCACUUACAUGGAACUUAAAAACCUCCUGAAGUCCAAAAAAAUUAUGUUAAUUGAUGUUAGAGAGCCAUGGGAAAUUCAUGAGUAUGGAAAAAUCCCCGGGUCCAUCAAUAUACCAUUGGAUGAUGUAGGUGACGCUCUACAGAUGAACCCAAAAGACUUCAAAGAGAAGUAUAAAGAAAUAAAGCCAUCCAAAUCUGACAAUCUAGUGUUUUCUUGUUUAGCUGGAGUAAGAAGCAAGAAGGCUGUGGUCACAGCAAUCUCUCUGGGCUUUAACAGUGCUCAACACUAUGCUGGAGGAUGGAAGGAAUGGGCAACCUAUGAACUUUCGGAGAAGAAACAAGGAAAUUAA